CAAUUGGCAGAAAGACGGAUAAGUGUACGUUUCACACAGGGAUCCAGAUCCAUCGGUCUAGGAGAGCUUUUUCCCAGUCCGGCAGGUAUAUAUAGGAACCUUGGUGGUAGCGUUACUAGGCAGCAGAAUCGCAAUCGACUCCAAGGGCUGCUUUUUAUAUUCGGCCCUUUUCCAUCCCGUGGAUUCAUCCUGUUCUGUCCUCGACUGCCCGAUUGAAAGGUUUGAAUUGUCAAGCCUGUACGACAAGCUUGCGUUGCUCGUAUAUACUGUGACACACCCCCGAACGACUGAACAAAAUGGCACAGACUACGCUUCCCCUAAGUCUCAAGCAGAGCUGCGAGGCUACCAAGGUCUCCUACGCCCAGCUGGGCAAGUCUGGCCUCCGCGUCUCCGUCCCCAUUCUGGGUGCCAUGUCCUUCGGACACAAGGACUGGCAACCAUGGGUCAACGACAACGAGGCAGAGGUCGAAACCCUACUCAAGGGCGCAUACGAUCGCGGCCUCAACACAUGGGAUACUGCCAAUGUAUACUCGAACGGUGUCAGCGAGGAGUUUAUCGGCCGGGUCAUCAAGAAGUACGAUUUGCCUCGACACAAGCUUGUUCUCCUGACCAAGUGUUAUGGAACUGUGGGUGAAGAACCGGCUGUUUUCCAUGUGAAAUAUGGGAAGGAGAUGGCGGCCAGCAAGGACUAUGUCAACCAAGGUGGUUUGUCGCGUACGGCUAUAUUCAAUGCUGUCGAUGCUUCGUUGAAGCGUCUGCAGACAGAUUAUAUCGAUCUACUUCAGAUUCAUAGAUUCGACUCCACCGUCCCCCCCGAAGAGACAAUGAAAGCCCUCCAUGAUCUCAUCCAAUCCGGAAAAGUGCGCUACAUCGGAGCCAGUUCCAUGUGGGCCUACCAAUUCGCCACGCUGCAAUUCACCGCUGAAAAGAACGGCUGGACCAAAUUCAUCAGCAUGCAGAACCACUACUCACUCUGCUACCGAGAAGAGGAGCGGGAAAUGAUCAAAUACUGCCACGAGACCGGAGUCGGACUUAUCCCCUGGGCACCGCUGUACCGCGGUCUACUCGCCAGGCCAUGGCAAUCAGUCGAGACGACUCGUUCCGAGACGACUCCCCUAGUCAAGGACACGACCGAGGCGGAUGAGAAGAUCGUCAAGCGGGUUCAGGAACUAGCGGAUAAAAAGGGAUGGAAGAUGAGCCAUGUUGCGUUGGCGUGGAUCAUUCAAAAGGGCACUGUCCCGAUUGUCGGGUUCAGUAGUCUCAGUCGUUUAGAGGAGGCGGUCGAUGUACGUGGAAAGACGUUAACUGAGGAGGAGAUACAGUAUCUGGAGGAGCCGUACGUGCCGAAAAAGAUUGUGGGCCAUACUUAAAAGGAAUGGAGGUGUCGUCGGGAUGGGGUUGAUACCUAGGUACCUAGUCAUUAUCACCCGUACCAUACACAUAGUGAAGUUAUAUACCAUAUAUGAGAGAAGUGAUCGUAUGAACUCAUUUCUAAUUGUAAUAAAAGCCUUCUAGAUAUCAUUCAAGAAUAUCAAUCACCUCUAACGUGAGCCAGCCUGCUCAACUCCUG